CAGAACAGAUCGCUGCAAUUCAUUAGGAGCAUAAGAAGCCAAACACCUGCUAAUUUAGAAAGAAACAGUGUCAGUUGAGAUCUUGUUUAUCGGUGAACAGGUUACCUAAAAGUAACAUACGGAUGGUCCUUUCAGCCGAAAUGAAGGAGGAGUACCGAGACCUCAUCCUGAAGGCAUGUGGAGCCUCAUCUCUCCGUGUUGGCUCCAGGAUCCAGAGCCUGUGGAGCGGCUACGGGGAGAUUGUGCGGCUGCACCUUGAGGGCUGCGAGCGGCCCUCUGUGGUCAUCAAACACAUCAAGUUCCCGACAGAGGCAGAGCAUCCAGUAGGCUGGAGCACAGACCGUUCCCACCUGCGAAAAGUCCGCUCCUACCAGGUGGAGACUCACUGGUACCAGAACUACUCCACUGGUCCGAGCUGCCGGACUCCCACCUGCUUGACUGCCUGCUCCAGCGGAGAUGAAAUGCUUAUAGUCCUAGAGGACCUGGAUGCAGCAGGUUAUGAUCAGAGAAGGACCUGUGUGAAAGACAGGGAGAUAAUGGCUUGUCUCAGCUGGUUGGCCCACUUCCAUGCUCUGUUCCUCAGUGUGGCCCCAGAGGGCCUGUGGCCUGUGGGGACGUACUGGCACCUGGAGACCAGACCAGAUGAGCUUGAGGCCAUGGACAACACUGAGCUCAAAGCAGUUGCAGGCGACAUCGACAGGAUCCUCAACAAAUGCCACUAUAAGACUAUCGUUCACGGAGAUGCCAAAUUAGCCAAUUUCUGUUUCUCUGGUAGCAGGGAAGAUGUGGCUGCAGUGGACUUUCAGUAUGUGGGUGGGGGAUGCGGAAUGAAAGAUGUGGUGUAUUUUUUAGGAAGCUGCAUGGAUGAGAGGGAGUGUGAGAAGAGUGUGCCGGGUUUAUUGGAUUACUACUUCACACAACUGAAACAAUGUGUUGACAAAGAUGUAGAUUUUGCAGCGCUAGAGAAAGAGUGGAGGGAGAUGUUUGCAUUCGCCUGGACAGACUUUCACCGAUUUCUGCUUGGGUGGAUGCCCGGACACUGGAAGAUUAACCGCUACAGUAAACAGCUGGCCAAGCAGGUUAUGCACAAACUCAAACUGUAAUUAAUCCCAUUCAGACAUACCCAUACAUCCGUAGCAAGAACACUCAGCAUUUCUAUUUUGCAUUCUGAUAAAAUUAGAAAUUGGAAUUUUGAGAAUUUCUGGCCCAGACCUUUUACCUAGAAUGUAAUAAUGUAUUAAUCUGUAGUGACUGUUUCUACAAAAUUCACCCAAAAAUGAUGAUGUCCAGAAUUGUGAAUGUUAGACUUACUGUGAAUUGCCUAAUGUCUUUGGAUGUUCUCAUGCUGUUACCUGAGAAGUGAUGGAAGAAGACAUUCCCAGACUCUUGUCCAGCACUGAUAGAUGACUUUUACAUGUACCUAUUUAAAUUCAUGUUUUGGCCAAGAUAUUUUGGAAUUCACACAGGGGGUUAUGUGAGGACAAGCUGGCCACCAGUUUAGGACCAUUUAGGGCAGGACAUCCAUUUGUUAUGUGUAUUAAAAGGCUGGGAUUAAAGGAAAACUCGGAGACUUUUCCCUAGACUGCAA